AUGAUGAUUUAUACAGUGUUUAUGUUCCAGGGCUUCUUGAUACCAUUGCUUAUCAACUUACGGCGAGUUAAAGUGGUAAUACUGCCACAACAGAAGUGCUUACAAAUGUUUAACUAUAAUGAUAAAUUCCUUUGCAUUCAGCAACAUCCGUGCAAGGACGACGUAGGAACUGUCAUUGAAUGUUCCGGUUUUGCCCGUGGGAUGAUGAUUUCACGUCUCGUGGAUCGACCGUGUGGUGUUGGCUUUUUAGACUUGAGUAAAUACUCCAAGUUCCUGAUGUGUGGUGUUGACGAUUCUCGUGACGUGGUAGAUCAUGAUCCAGGGAUGGCUAUGGAGUUCACCAGUCGGGCCCCUGCACCCACGCCUGUGUUAAUGACUGUUGCAGAUAAUUUGGAUAUCACAGAAUAG